GGAAGAUAUAAUAUCGAUAGAAAUAAAAUUCGUGCCAAUAGUGAAGAUAUUACUGCCUAUCUCACGUAACUCGUGAUUCGAGCAACGAAACAGAAAUCAUAUCGUCCGAUCGGUGCCAAAUUGUGAACGAUCAUCCUUGUGUGCAACGAGAUAUAUCGAAGGAUUGUGAGUGUGUGUUUCUUUUGUUUCAUCACCUCGAGGAGUUGUCGGUUGACCGCGGCUGCGUUCAGACUGUAAAUACUGUAACAAGUGAGUUAAUGUGAUGCGCGCUGCGUGAUUUGCGCCAGUUUUUUUUUCAAAUUCUGCGGCGAACUUCACGACGCUGAAAACAAAAGACAAAAAAGAAUAAUGCCCUGCGCUCAAUCCUGUGCCAAAUGUUUCGCGGAUAAUUCGUGUGCUACCGGUAAUAAAUGCGAGGAGAGUGAAUCGUCGGUUAUAUUCGAAUCAUAGUGUUCCAUGUAUAUCCUGUCGUGAACGAAUAGAUAAAGAAAGUGAAUAAAUUUUGGACAAUAACGAUACGAGGAUUGCUCCGGGUCUCUUCUCGAAAGAAUCGCUUUCUCAAAUCGAAUAAUUAUAAAUAAUUUACGUGCGUAUAACAGGUAUUUAGUAUCGUGUGUAAUUCUAACUGUGAAUCAUCGAAGAAGAAAUCUUAAACACCGUAAGCUGUACAGUUUUCUUUGUGAAUGUACAAUCGUUUCUUUUUCUAUAUUUAAACAAAAAGUUGGUGAUAUUAAAAGUUGGAAAAAUAAUUCCGUCAAAAGUUUAUAAACACAAUUUGUGCAUAUCGAUUGAUACUAUCGAAUCGCCGAAAUGGAUGCAUCGAUGGAAAUGAAGUUCUUCCUUCCCCUACUCGUCGCUCUCUACGUGGCUGCUUUUGUAUCAGGAGAAGCACAGCAGUACUUCAGGGUCGCACCAAGAAACAGUUCGGUACUCGAGGGUGGCGAAGUCACUAUACCCUGCGAGGUUGGAAACAGAGUCGGAAUUGUUCAAUGGGUCAAGGAUGGCUUCGCCUACGUCAUUUUGGCCGAUGGGCAGAUCGUUGGGUAUCCACGAUUCCGAAUGGUCGGGGACCAGAACGCGGGUGUUUAUAACCUGAGAAUCACCGACGCCUCGCUAACCGACGAUGGCGAAUAUCAGUGCCAAGUUGGCCCCUUCAUGCGAACCGUAAAAGCGAUCCGAGCCAACGCCCAUCUCAACGUUAUAUCACCGCCGAUAAAGGUCGAGAUCAGCAACUACCAGGAACACGCAAAAAUCGAGGCGAAGGUUGGCCAGUCCUACCAGCUCCAUUGUUCCGUGAGGUUGGCUAAACCUGCCGCAACGAUAGUUUGGUACCGAGGAAACGUUGAAGUCAAGGGCGGGGCGUCCGACAUCGAGUCGAUACCAACCGAGGAUGACAAAGAAAUGCCGAAGGCAGGUGAAUCGAGGAAGAAACUGUUGAAGUACGACACCCACGGCUCAAUUACAAUUGUCCCGACCGCCGACGACGAUGAAACCGACUACACCUGCGAAGCCAGACACCCGGCCAUCCCGGUCGACAUGCCUAUGCGAGCGACAAUAAAACUGUCUGUCCUUUAUCCUCCUGGUCAGCCUUACAUCGAGGGCUACACGGAGGGUGAAACAGUGAGACGAGGACAGCAGGUUGAUCUGGUCUGCAGAUCACGAGGCGGAAAUCCCCCGGCGCAGGUUGUUUGGUUCAAAAACGACGAGCAAAUUACAACGGCCUACCGUACCGAGGCUUCCUUUUCCGAAAACGUUCUUUCUUUCGAGGCAAAGGCGACAGAUAACAAGGCGCGAUUCACGUGCGAAGUAUCAAACAUCAUGAGCGUCACACCGCUCAAAGUCCACGUCGACUUGGCUGUUCUUUUUGCUCCAACCGGGGCGAUAAUCACGGGCCCAACGGAGGCGAAGGCAGGUGAAAGGGUGCAAAUAACUUGUACGACGGAAAAUUCAAAUCCUCCAGCUGAUAUAAAGUGGGUCGUGGCUGGCAGAAACUUUCGCAACAGUACUUCAAGAACGAAUCUUGCGAGCCAGGGUGGUUGGAUAACUACGUCGGACAUAACGUUCAACAUAAACCCGGAAGUUCGAAGUAUCGUCGUACUUUGUCACGCGCUAAACAACAAAUUGGCCGAAAAUGUCGUUGGCACGCACACCAUCAACGUCAUUUAUCCUCCUUCCGAUAUCGUCGUCACUGGUUACGAGGACGGCGAGAGUAUCGAUGCUGGCACAGUUCUGAAACUGUCAUGCACAGCAACGGCCGGAAAUCCUCCGGCUACCUUAACGUGGUACAAGAAUGACAAAAAGGUCAAUGGGAACAUGCGGACACGCGACCACGCAGUUUCCAGCGAGCUGACAAUGCUUGUUAACGCUUCCGAUAACAAUGCGAGGAUCAGAUGCGAGGCCACAAAUUCAGCUGUCGAAAUACCGCUUAUUGGACUGUUACAGCUCAAAGUCAACUUUCCUCCGGAUCAAGUCAAGAUCACUCGAGUACCAAACGAAUUUCGGGCCGGUGAAUUAGGGCAGCUUAUUUGCGAGUCGAGCAGCAGUAAUCCACCCGCUGAAAUGUCAUGGUGGAAACAGGGCAUUCCUGUUCCUGAAACUCAUAACGAUACAAAACCUGGACUGCACGGCGGAUACCUUUCCUCGGUCGAACUGUCGCUGCAGUUGAACGAAAAAAUGAACGGUGAGGUAUACACUUGUCAGGCGAGGAACGCUGCCCUGCAGAGAGCUGUACACGAUGCCACGACACUUACAAUCGCAUAUAAACCAAUCUUUUCACCGCUGGACCCGAACGAACUCGUCGGAAUGGAGGGUGAACCCUUUGUCAUAUCUGUGUUAGCAACUGGAAAUCCUACAGCGAUAACUUACACAUGGACCAGAUCUGGUUCGCCAUUGAGUACAAGCAACAAGAGAUUUACGGCUCGUGGUUCGACUCUGAAUAUAACUAAACUGGAACGUCGCGAUGCUGGAACUUACAGAUGCGAGGCAAUAAACUCAGAGGGAUCAUCUACAUACGACCUAAAUCUGACUGUACAAUUUCCAGCCAAAAUUAUACGAACUUCUAAAUCUGGGGUCGUGUAUCCUCCCGAUUCUGAGGCAAAGCUAUGGUGCGAGGUUGACGGCAGUCCAAUUGGUGACAGCUACAUUACAUGGUAUAAAGUCGGGUCGAACGCCGAUCUCAGCAGAAGAUUCCUCACUUCUUUUACAAACAAAACUUCGUACCUUCACAUCAUGGAGCCAAGUCGCGAAGACAUCGGUGAAUAUCAGUGUAACGUAAACAACGGAAUCAGCAAUGUGACAUCGAGACCAAUUCUGUUCGUCACAAAUUUCAAACCUGAAAUAGAAAGCUCACCAUUGACCAGGAAAGCUGCAGCCAACAAGGGAGCCAAAGUUCAAUUGACCUGCAAGGCAAGAGGUUCACCGCUGCCAAAAUUCACGUGGACCUUCAGUGGGAGACAACUAAUGCCCAAUAGGACUGAUAAUAAAUAUGACAUCGUUCAAACUGAGCUCACUCAGUUGUCCGCUCAAUCAGUGAUGACAAUAUACCAGGUGUCUUCGGGCGACUAUGGUAAAUACGAGUGCAAGGCACGUAACAAGGUAGGGAGUGUGAUUGAGGAGGUGUUUUUGGACGUAACAUCACCGCCAGAACCACCCUCGGAUCUCCGAGUCUACAACGUUACCCACGAUACAGUGGUUCUUGUAUGGAGGAGGGGAUUCGACGGAGGUCUUACAACUUCGCACCAAGUCAGGUGGAGACAAGCAUUGGAUUACGAAGACAGAUAUCAAUACAUUGAUGCUUCACCUGGGCAGGACCACGUCGUAAUAACUGGGCUGAACCUGGGCACUUACUACGUAUUCAGUAUAAAGGCGAUCAAUGCCAAGGGGCAGAGUGCCUUCCUCCCAGACCUGGUCAAAGUGCAAACGUUGCGACCGAAUAAUGUGGAGAGUCUCCCAGACGUUCUUGUGGUGCAAGGAGACAUCCCGAUGAAUUAUAUCUAUGCCAUCGCAGCCACACUCGUCGUCUUUUUUCUUAUUAAUCUAUUCAUCAUGUUGUGGUACAUUGUGCGAAAGCGAAACAAGGAUCGCAUAAACAAAUCUCAAACUGCGGAUAUGUACGCCCCAUCUACUGUCAAUGGAGACACGAUGACUGGCGAGUUGAGUUCAGUUUCGGAUGAGAAGAGUGACGUUAACUUCGAUGCAAACGAUUACGUGGACGAGGGGCGAAAGACGGCGGCGAGUACGUACCUAAUAGAUCAAACUAUACAAGACUUUGGGAAAAACAGCCUGGAAAUGCAGGUGCAUCACCAUAAUCAAGGGACUCUGGGUAGGCGAAGCAAUCUGCACGCUCACAGCGGCAUGCUGGAUAUGGACUCUCCUCCUCAGCGCACAACGGCUAGUGGGACUCUCUCGGUCUCAAAAUCGAGUUACAUCGGGAAUCCGAGUCCAGCCCCACCGGCCGAUGCGAGCUUCUACAGUGUGGAGAUGGACAAUGGCCGAUAUUUGGGGUAUGAAGGGAAUCCCAGCCCGGCCCCAGUUAUCGGGGACCCGGGCCUGAGCGGCUAUUAUCCUACAAUGGCAACAAUGGGGCAUCAUGCACCUUCGCACAUGGCGGGGGGAGGAACGCUGACCCGGAACAGGACGCUCCCUCGCCCAGUCCCCCCCCCAGACGUCACUGUUAUGACUGCAGGCGCAAAGUCCCCAGUACCCCCCUCGGUACCCCCCCCGCCAGCUACGUUUGCACGUGCGGCCCCCGUCCCCGCACAUUCCCACGGGCACCCACUGUCUACUUUCACCUCAACCCCAGUCUAUUCGGACAUUGACGGACAUCUUGUCUGAGAAUCAACCCCCAUGGGAAUCCUAGCAGUACCCUCGAGUCCCGCCGCGAUACGCCAAAUUCAAUACCUGGACGACGAGGAUGAUCAAGAAGACUCCGAAGAGAGUACCCGCCUCUAACCGAGCCUGCUGUUUUGAUAGUGGCCAGCGAUGCAACGUUGGGGUGAAUUGGGAAGGAAACUUACAGAUGGACGAUAUAUCUAGGUUUCUUCAUUGUGCGGGCGAUACUCAGGUUUCAGGUGAAAUAGAUCUUAGUCGACAGUAUUUAAUAGUUUGCCAAAAUCGGAAGUUGGACAUUUUCUAAAACUUGCUGAAUGAAAAACGUCUGUACCAUCCACUCUAUAAUACGUAGCAAGUCACGUGUUGCACUUUCAUGCACAUCCGCGAUAAAUCGCCCCUCCGAAGCCUCGAAAAGAAAAAAAAAAACAACAUUGAACAUAGUUU